AUAUUUUCGUUUUCUUUAGAGAACGUGAAACAUAAAUGAUUAGAUUGUGGUUAGAAUGAUGAAUCAUCUUCAAAGUAAGAGGGAAUGGGAUAUAAAGGCUUAGAGAGGCCAUUUAUUUUUGAGUAUUAUUCAGUCUCAAGCUUCUUGUCUUUUUUUGCAUCGUCUCGGUAAAGGUUUCUGAAUCUUUCUGCACCGCAAGGUCAUGGCUUCGUCUGCGGCUCAGAGCAAGAAGCAGUUUAAGAGGUCUAUGACCAAGAAAUCACACUCAUGGUGGUGGGAUAGUCACAACUGUCCCAAGAACUCAAAAUGGCUUGCACAGAAUCUAGAGAAGAUGGAUGACCGAGUGAACCACAUGUUAAAACUGAUUGAAGAAGACGCAGACUCUUUUGCCAAGAAAGCUCAGAUGUAUUUUCAGAAGCGUCCUGAGUUAAUCCAACUUGUUGAGGAAUUCUACCGAAUGUAUCGCGCAUUGGCUGAGCGUUAUGAUCAAGCUAGCGGUGAACUUCAGAAGAAUCAUCCAUCUGAGAUCCAGUCACAGAGCUCUCUUGAGCUCUCAUCUCCUACUCAAGAGAAGUUGAGUCGUCGUCAGUCUGGUCAUAAAGAAGAGGAAGAUUCAUCAUCUUUGACAGAUUCUGAUUCUGAGUCUGAUCAUUCCUCUGCUAAUGAUGAAGACGCUGAUGAGGCAUUGAUCCGCAGGAUGGCUAAUCUUGAGCUUGAGCUUGAAGAGACAAAGCAGAAGCUCCUUCUCCAGCAGGAAAGUGACAACAAUGUUAACCUCCUUCACAAAAUUACUGUGUAUGAGGGAGAGCUUGGAGAAGCCAAUGAAAAGAUUCGAAUGCACGAAGAAGAGAUAGCUAAUCUGAAGAUUGAGCUUCAGGGCUGCAUGUCCACUGAAAUAGACGAUCCUCAAAAGAGUCUUGAUUUGGAUAAAGAGGACACUGAAGAAAAUGCUGCCACAAAAGUGCAGGCCUUGGAGGAAGAGCUAAGUAUUGCAAAAGAGAAGCUUCAGCAGUUUGAGAAAGAGACAAAAUCUCUAAAAAAUGAGCUAGAGAUCAGUAGAGCUGCGGAAGAGAAGCUGAAGAACUUACAGCAUGAGCUUGUGUUGGCUCAGAAAGACACUGAUAGCUACAGAAACACGCUCAACGCAGAGAAGAAAGAAGUCUCAAAGUUGCAAGAGAGACUGGCUAUGGUGAAAACCAGUUUACAGGACAGAGAUAACGAGAUAAGGGCACUGAAAACUGCUGUCUCUGAUGCUGAACAAAAGAUAUUCCCAGAGAAGGCACAGAUCAAAGGAGAAAUGUCAAAGCUUCUUGAAGAGCGAAGCCAACUUGGAGAGCAACUGAGAGAGCUGGAAUCACAUAUAAGGCUGAUUACAGAAGAGAAAGCUGAAACUGAGGAGAAACUUAGAGGAGAAUCCAAGAAGGUUAGCGUAAUGAAAGAUGAGAGCAAUGUGCUAAGAGAAGAGAUUGGGAAGAGAGAAGAGAAGAUAAAGGAAAUGGAAAAACAUAUGGAGGAGCUUCACAUGGAGCAAGUGAGGCUGAGAAGACGGUCAAGUGAGCUAACGGAAGAAGUGGAAAAGACGAGAUUGGGUGCAUCAGAAGUGGCUGAGCAGAAAAGAGAAGCAAUAAGGCAGCUUUGUAUCUCACUUGACCAUUACAGAGAUGGGUACGACAGGCUGUGGAGGGUUGUUGCAGGACACAAGAAUAAGAGAGUAGUGGUCUUAGCAACGUGAAGUGUAAAAGAACAAAUGACAAUGUCUGCAGGACAUACAAUACUAGUGUGUUCUUUUGGACUUUAAAAUGUUGUUCUGAAGGGACGUUAGUUGAUGUUGAAAAUAUGUUGAAUGGAGAUGAAAAAUGUAUGUGUUGAUAUAAUAACAAAACUAAUGGUAAUAUUCUCAUUCUUCCAAAA